UCCUCUUAUUCCCACGAAUGGUCCUAUUACCUUCAGUUGUACUCUAGAAUUAGAGGCGAAAAAGUCUACUUUUAAAUCGCAAUUUCGCAAUUGACUAAUUUUUAAAAAAUGUCUUCUGUCGAAAUAUUGUUUGCUCUUACUAUUGUGGCCAGGAACGAAAAUAUUCGAGUGACGGUUGCGGAAACGGCCCAAGGAGUUGCAAUUUGUGCUGCCGGUGCCCUUAUCGGUGGCCUAUUGAUGGGCACCAGAGGAUUGGCGCUGGGUGGAGCUAUUGUAGGUCUAGCUUCCUGUGAAUUGGCAGAAUCACUACUUGAUUUCAAGUCCCUGGCUGAUGUUAUUUCCGAAGAUUUGUCGGAAAGUGAACGCAACGAAUUAGAGGAACAUGUGAUCAAUGCUGUCAACAAUAUCACUCCGGUUGAUGUCCUUGAGCUGGGGUUUUUAAUCAUGACGAAUCCAAAUAUUCAGAGCCUUGCCAUGAAUGCGGUGAAAUCUUUUGCCACCAAUCAUCUAGGACAUACCAUUAUUGAUUAA